UAAGAUUUGAUACUGAACAUGUAAAAACAUUGUAGGCUAUUUUUAAUACAGGCCUCUUAUGAACAGCAUGGGUGAUUGAGAUCGAAAACCAAAAGAAGACGUGCGUUAUGCAUUGGCUGCUGUGCGUCUUGAGGCGUCGAGCGGACUGUGGAGUGGUUUAGGUAGUUUCAUGUUGUUGGGAUCCAUUUUCUAGCUCUACAACACGAAACUGUCUUAAUUGGCCCAGUUUAAUACAUCGAAACGUCAGUCAACUUAAUCUGGGACACGUGCAAUUUAACUGGAUUUGAUAAUAUUGAAUAGUAUUGGGAGUGUUAUUUGUGGUGACAUAAAUAAAAAAUAGGACCUUUCUUAUUGCCUUGACCUGUUGGGAAAGACUUGCUGUCGUGUAUAUCUCUUAUCAUAUCGUCAGUAAUAUUUAUACAAACUCUAUUUGUUAUUUUUCAUCGUUAAAUUAAGCCCCUGGAUGCCUGCGUCCUAUAUUUAUCUUGGUAAAAGCUCAGCUAUAGGAGGGUUGGACUUGGAAUUAGCGUAAAGCUAUAAGCAUGUUUUCUGUCAGUCGUGACGCGGCGACGUCAGACAAGGCCUCGGUUACGACCACUACAUUGGAAAGGAAGGGGAAGUUGAGUGGGCAACAGCGACCUCAGUGGCGCGCCGGUGGGCAAUUGAGCCGGAUGCUUCCGCUGCGCAAUAUAGCCCGAACACAAAAGAGGCGAAGGGCUUUAUGGCGAUAUUUAGAUCCGCCAGACAAGCUGUUAUCUGUGGGCAAAAUAAGUAAAUAGCCCCUGCGGUUAACUGGGUCCGUGUUGAAAAACACCCUGAUUUAGUUUACAGCCUCAAAGUGCCAUUGCCUUCCCUUGUGUCUUUUCUUUUGAAAAUGCCCGUCUGUUCUGUGUUUUAGUGCGCAUAGCCUUUCCCUAUCCACUAUCCUCUUUGUUUGUUUCUAAUGUCUCUAACACAUUUUCAUCCAUUCCUUAUCUGAUUCUGCACAGUGGUAUACGUUCGAGGAUGAAAUAUUAUCUGUUCAGUUAUAGGUGUGGGGCGGCAGGGUAGCCUAGUGGUUAGAGCAUUGGACUAGUAACCGGAAGGUUGCGAGUUCAAACCCCCGAGCUGACAAAUCUGUCGUUCUGCCCCUGAACAGGCAGUUAACCCACUGUUCCCAGGCCGUCAUUGAAAAUAAGAAUGUGUUCUUAACUGACUUGCCUGGUUAAAUAAAGGUAAAAUGUAAAAUAGGUGUGUGGCAUAGCCUACUGUUUUUUCAUUCAGUAGGAAAAUAUGCUGGAGUGGAUUCUUUAGCAGCAGUGAACCGCCGGUGGCCAUGUAGGGUGUUGGCCUAGCUUUCACUUUUAUUGGAUGGUAAUAAAUAGAACACGUAUUCUGUGUGCAGCUAUCUCCAUUCUCUAAGGCUAUGGUGGGGGGUGGGGGUGCAAUGUCUGUAAAGUGUUACGCCGGCGUUUCCUCUCUUCCUACUAGUCCAUAUAGUAUCAUAUGUUGUGUCCAGACUUGGGGUGCACGUUCAGUAGCUUCUCACCUGCUCUUGAAUUACCCCACAUGUAUUAGUUACCCCACAAGUAUUAGUUUGUGUUGUGUUGCUUAUCCAUUCAAAAGAUACACCUGAAAAUCAAAUGCAUAUAUAGUGUAGGCUUGACUAUAAUUUCCAGCGUCCCCGUGUUUCAAGUUUUAAUGUCACAUGCACAAUUACAGUGAAAUGCCUUUCUUGCAAGCUCUAACCUCAACAAUGCAGUAAUCAAUAACAAUGUAAUACUAAAAAUAACAUGAGGUAGACCCAAAACACACAGGAAAUAAAAAUAAGAAAUGAGAAGUAUACACGAAAGUCAGUCCGCGUACUAUAUACAAGGUCAGUCAGUUCCAAUACCAUAUUUACAAUGUGCAGGGAUACUGCAGUGGUAGAGGUAGAUAUGUAGGCAGGCCUAUAGGGGUGAGGUGACUAGGCAGCGUAUAUUAUGAUUGUAUGUCAACGGGUGUGUGUAGAGUCAGUAUAAAUGUAUGUUAAUAUUAUGUGUGUGUGAACACAUGAUGGAGUGAGUGUUUGUGUGUGUCUGUUGGAUUGUCAGUGUGCGUGAGUGAGUGUGUAGUAUCCUGUGAGUGUGCAUAGAGACUUUGCAAAAAUAAAAUACAAGGGUCAACUCAGAUAGUCAUUGUAGCCAUUUUGCUAGCUAUUUAGUUAGCUAUUUAUUACUCUUAUGGCUUGGGGAUAGAAGCUGUUCAGGAGCCUGUUGGUGUCAGAAUUGAUGCACCCGUGCGGAAGCCAAGAGGACAGUCUAUGGCUUGGGUGGCUGGAGAUUGAAAAUGUGUUAGAUUUCUGCUAUCAAAUUUGAUUACAACGUGAUCUAUGUGUCUGAAUGACCCCAUUUGUAAACUAUCUAGUGCCUAUCUAUUAUCUAUUAGUUGCAUGUAAAUGUCACGACGUAGGCCGAUCUCCAUUUUUUUUGUAGGGAAACUCCUAAACUUCUAAGUGAUUUAGUAGUUUACAUAAUGCUAUCUUUGUUAUAAUUUUCUACUUAAUAGUGCAUUGUUGUUUUCGUUAGCCACGGCGGAUUUCAUAAUUGACUCGAUAGUGCUGAUAUUUGUAAUAGUGCUAGUGUUUCUUAUGAUAGUGGUCUCUCAUAAUAGGCUAAUAACAUUCCUAGUAAUAAUAGGAUAAUGUAUUUAAUAGGAUAAUGUAUUUAAAAAAGAAGCCAGGUAUCGAUUUACAUGCUACUAUGUGCACACUAUUUUCUACGACGAGUUUUCAUAAUUGUCGUUUAUUUGUUUUAGCUGAAUUAUUUAAAUAUGCCACAACUAGGCCAUGCUUUUAUGCUUCACCAUUAGGCUAUUGAGAUACAUGAAUAAACAUGUAUGUUUUUUUUCUGUAGGCUCAAUAUAAAAGUCGUUUAAUUCCUCGGUUCUGUUUAAUAACCAGAAUACGUUUUUAUCUUGUCCAUGGAUAUACGAAUAUAAUAUUAGCCUAGGACAAUAACAUGAUUUUUUUCCAAAUGUAUUUUUUUUAAGACAUCAGUAAAUUAACGAACAUAUUAGGGUUCUAUAGCUGUGAGUAAAUGGGCCUACUAUGCAAACACAAAUACAAUUCUAUACUCAUUUCCAUUUCCAUGCUCAAAAUAAUCUUACAUUUACUGAAAUAAUGUUUUUUUUCAGUAGCUGAUAUAUAAACAAUAUCAUAGGAUGUUGAGGAAAUAACAAAUGAAACUAGUCAGAUAUUAUUCUCAGCGGGGUUUUAGUCCGAUUAGUCUUUAAUCUGAUACUAUAUUAUUAUUGUAUAAUACCAAACUAAUAUGUUAAUAGGCUAUACAAAAUAGCACGAUAUAGCACAACAUUAUGUGCUUAUCUUUAAUAUGGGGUGUCGUAAAACGUUUUUUCUUUGGGAAUGUUGGUCAUAACUUUCUCUGGUUCGAAGACAAUGAAAAUAUGAAAGGUUGAAACAUUUUGACGGAAGAUGAAAGAGGUUAUAUACUAGGAUGGAAAGCUUCCCAGAGCAUUCAUUUACGUUUUUUUGCGCCAUAGAAAGAAUGCAAUUUCAGACAUUUGGUUUUGUUAAUAAGCCCCAAUAUGGAGAAGUUAUUCUGGUUAAUUUCAGCCACUGUGUGUUUUGUUGUGAGUAUCAUUGGUAAUGCUUAUUACUCUGUAACGUAUGUGUAGAUAUCCCUCGUUAAAUGUGUGUUUUACGUCAUUUGGGAGGAUUAUUAGGGGAUUUACUGGCCUAUGCUAACAGGGACAGAUACUUUCAAUCGUAUUUUUCUCAAUGGAGUUCAGCCUCUCCUUUGUCACGGCCUAACAUUUAUAUCAGAAAUUGCGUACUAAUCAUAUAAAAUAAUAAUAAUUCGCUUUUAAAACUAGACGUUGUCACGUUUUAAGACAAGAGACCCGCGAGCAUUUAAUAGUCAAAGGGAUUGAUUUAUUAUUUAUUGUUCAGCCUUUGUGAUCACGUGCGCGCAUCACCCAAUCGAAUGGCAGCCCUGCGUCCGAACUAUUAGUAGACUGUAGUUCUUUGUGGUGCCAAGUUGCUACUUGAUUUCUUCAGAUUUUUAUUUUGUGAGAGUGGGGUUUAGUGCGUGUGUAUGUGUGUGUGGUGUGUGUGUCGCGCUUGUAUUUGUAAGUAUCUGUGUAUGUGUGUGUGGUGUGUGUGUCGCGCUUGUAUUUGUAAGUAUCAGUGUAUGUGUGUGUGGUGUGUGUGUCGCGCUUGUAUUUGUAAGUAUCAGUGUAUGUGUGCGUACAUGUGAAAGUCUCUUUUGCCAUGUCGACAUCUGGAACGUUGACUAGCUACUACGUCGACUCCCUCAUCUUGCCUGAGAGUGAGGCGCUCUCCGUGCCCAGAUACUCCUCCGGACCGGGGGGGCUCCAGCACGCGAGGCAGCCCACAUCGAUCACCGAUCACACUGAGCUUGGGCCCUGCACCUUCCCGACGAAAGCCCCGGUCUUCAGCCCGUCCUGGGGCCAUGUACCGACCCAGUUUCCAGCCGCCGUGUCGUCGGUGUACCACCACCCUUACGGGAAUCACCGAAGCCCGGCUCCAGGCGACCUGGAGGGUCGCUACAUGCAGUCCUGGCUGCUGGAGCCCAUGUCAGGGUCCUUGCCUUUAACUGGAUUACCAACUAGUCACAACUACGGGAUCAAAUCCGAGAACCUGGAUGCGGGAGCGGACAGCGUGCUGCCUGGAUCCCACACGGCGCUGCUCCUGUCGGAUUUCGCCGACGGAACGGCGGCGACUGCAUCCCCGGUGGACAAGGACACACUACCAGGCCAGACCGGGGACCUGAACGAGGAGAAACCGGCCCUUGAUCCAAAUAACCCGGUAUCCAACUGGCUCCACGCUAGCGCCACGAGAAAAAAGCGCUGUCCAUACACCAAGCACCAGAUCCUCGAGCUGGAGAAAGAGUUCCUCUUUAACACGUACCUCACGCGGGACCGUAGGUAUGAGGUCGCGAGGCAGCUCAACCUUACGGAGAGACAAGUCAAAAUCUGGUUUCAGAACCGCAGAAUGAAGAGGAAGAAAUGUAAUAAAGAUGGUGGACCAAAAGAUGAUUUAUAGGUAUGAUUGAUUGAAAUGAGAACGUAAAAACAUAUCCGAAAUAAGGGGGAUAUCUGUGAAAAGGCUCUUUCUCUGCUGGACUGCAUUUUUAUAGUCGUUGUUUCAUUGUUUUAUCCCUAACAGAAGCUGUUAUGUGUCUUGUAAAAAGCAUGUCCGGCUCUAGUCGUCGGUUUGAUGCAACUAACUACCUUUAUAUUGCACAAUUUAGCAGUGCGCAUUAUUUUUUGUUAUUGUUAUUAAGAUGUUAAUGAAUGAAUUAAAGCCUCGGCUGUGAGGGCAUCUGUGUAAGGCAUGUACCCUAUUGAUAGGCCUGUUCUCUGUGCUCGUUUGUGUGUGGAUGUGAGUAGCUAUGUGUGUGUUCUCUGGUUUGUAGAUAUAGGCCUAUGUGUAUUUCAGGUUAAACUGAAUUUAGUUUCAAAUGUUUUUGUUGUUGUCGUUAUUUCAACUAUUGGUCGAUUUGAGUUGGAGGGAUAGGCUAACGUAAUGGUGGCAUUUUGAAGCGGGUGCAUGAGCAUCAAAAAGCCUCUUUAAAAUGCAUUUUGGCCUGUUGAUAAUUUUACUAGAAUCUACAUACAAUGAUAUUGUCUCUCAACUACCUAUAAUUGUAAGAACCUCAUUUCAUUUUAACAUGACUUUUCGUUGUGAAGAGACAGAAUGCGUGUAUAGAUCGUAAACUAUGUCUGAAUUUCAGGGAGUAACAUUUGAGAGGACAUAUUUGUUAGAAAGGAGAGAGGCUAAAUAAACAGAAACACUGUAUGCUACCUAAUGAAUACCUCAUGGUCUGGGGACUUUCAGAUUUUUGGUUCUCAAAUGUAAUUUGUACUAUUUAUUGAAUAAAACAAAUUAUAUCUGCGAAUGCAGCCA